AUGUCGUGGUCCGCAGGGGAAGACUCUUGCUAUUGGAAAGACUUCGACAAUCCAUGUGGGUCUUACAGUUACUGUUCCAACAACGACACGUCGCGGCCGCAGUGUAACUGCAUUAGAGGGUUCUUUCUGAAGUUGGAAUAUAAGAAUAAGUGGAUUCAUGAAUGUGUGAGGAGGACUGCUCUACACUGUGGAGGGGAUACGUUUGUGAAGCUAAAAAAUAUGAAGUUGCCGGAAAUUACAUCGGAUGAAUAUAAUGUUACUUCGGGUAUGAAUUUGGCGAAAUGCAUGGCGUCAUGCCUUGUGCGUUGUGGCUCUACCGCUUAUGCGCUUGUGGAUAACCGGAAAGGAGAGGGCCUUUGUGUGAAUUGGUACGAUGAGCUCUACCAAAUGCGAAACUACACCUCCGGCGGUCAAGACCUAUAUGUCAGAGUGGCGGCUAAUGAUCACGAGGAUCAGCCAAAAAAUGAUGGAAAAAGCAAAGGCAUGGAACCUUGGGUUAUCGGACUCAUCGUGGGAGCAAUCAUCAUCGGACUUCUUGUUAUAGGCUUCGUCUGCUUCUGUUAUUGGAAGAAAAACGUAAAGGAAGAAGAACACAAGGGAAUACUACCCGAUGGUAGUGAAGUCGCCGUAAAACGACUGGCGAACACCUCAUCCCAAGGGAUGACAGAAUUCAAGAAUGAAAUCGAAACCAUUUUAAAUGUCCUGCACCUGAACCUUGUACGGUUGUUAGGUUGCUGCUGCGAAGGAGAAGAGAUCAUUUUGAUCUAUGAGUAUUUGGAAAACGCAAGCUUAAAUCACUAUAUUUUCGGUUAG